AUGGCGAAUCCUGCUCAGCAUGACAGUGGUGUAGUCUCGGUGGCACCGAGGUCGGUCGACUUGGAGUUAGCCCCCCUUCCGGACCCGGCACCGGCCGCAACUGCCCCCGCUCCGGUCGGUCCCACCCCGUCAAAGGACUCGGAUCCUUUCUUAGUCACCUUUACGCAACCGCAUGACGCCGAGAACCCUCUCGACUGGCCCGCGGGUCGGAAAUGGAUGGUCACCGAUGUACUAUCGGCCACCGGUUUCAAUCGCAUCAUGGUUUCAACAAUCAUGGCUCCCGCCCUGACGAACAUUGCGGCGGAGCUCGACAUGACCUCCACCGAGUCCGCCAUGGCGUUGUCCAUUUAUCUCCUUGCCACCGCAUUUGGCCCCCUCGUCAUGGGGCCAAUGUCUGAGAUCUACGGUCGACAGGUCGUGCUCCACGCCUCGAGCGUAUGGUUUCUGAUAUGGAACGUGCUCUGUGGUUUCGCAAACACCAAGGGGACGCUUAUUGCCGCUCGCUUUCUGGCGGGCUUCGGCGCCAGUUCCAUUUACGCACUCGGGGGUGGAGUCCUGGGCGACAUCUGGCGCCCUGAACAGAGAGGCCAGUCUCUGGGGUUCUAUCUUCUCAUACCCCUGCUGGGUGCGGCCGUUGGCCCCAUCAUUGGUGGCUUCAUUGCGGCGCGCACGACGUGGCGAUGGAUGUUCUGGUCCACUUCCAUGUUCCAAGCUGUCAUGAUCUUUGUCUCCUUCUUCAGCUUCCCAGAGUCCUACAGUCCGCUCAUCCUACGCCGGCGGGCUGCUCGUCUCCGCAAGGAAACCGGCGAAACGAGAUACUACACGUUCAGCGAGAGAAUCGACGCUGGCAAGUCCACUUUAGCAGUCAUAAGAAACUCCCUGACAAGGCCGCUUCGUCUGCUUCUCUUCCAUCCCAUUAUUCAGGUGUCGGCCGUCCUGUCGGGAUUCAACUAUGGUAUCCUGUAUGUCACGCUGUCGACCUUUGCAGACAUCUGGAAACAGCAAUACGGCCAGUCUGUGGAGAUUAGCGGAUUGCACUACAUCGCCUGCUCUUUUGGAGAGCUUGUCGGGUCUCAAUUUGGUGGACUGAUACUGGAUCGCUUGUAUAAACGCCGAGACCAACCUACGCCAGAGUCUCGGGUCAUGCUCGCAUUCUUUGGUAUUGUUCCGGCCUGGCUGGGGACUCUGUUUUACGGCUGGACAGCACAGUAUCGCCUCUACUGGCUGAUAGUCGAUGUCGGAGUUGUCGUCAUGAUGUUUGGCAUGCAGCUUAGUGGAAUGCCUAUGACGGCCUACGUGAUCGACGCGUACGCAGAGCAUACCAGUAGUGCCAUGGCAGCGAUUCAGUUUGUCAAGAGCUUGACUGCUUUUCUGUUCCCGUUGUUUGCCCCGAGCCUGAUGAGUCACUUUGCCGGAGCUGCUGGUGCCUUUCAUGAGUACAUCUACGAAUGCGACCAAGAUUCUGACGAACAAGGCUUUUAUGAAGACUUCUACGAGGCGCAUUUUGAAGAGGCCGAUGUAAUCGAGAGUGCCAUUCUCGAGUUGGAAGAAAUCGCUAGGCGUAGGGCUAAUCGGUCGGGAACCCGGGGAAACAGAGAUAUAUAG